ACAAGAGGAACAGCUUCAGCUGCUGUAAGCCGAGCGCACAAUAGGCAUACAAACAGAACGAGAUCUCUAUACGGAUAAAAACGCAAUCGUAUCACUUGGAUUAUUAUCGGUUCAUCCUUUACUACAUCGUGAUAUAUUACUAAUGCUGAUCGGAUACAUAUUCGACCACCAACGCUAGCGGCAUGAGCGGGGUUCUCAAGAGGAAGUACGAGGAGGUGGAGGAGGACCCAUGCUACUCUUCGUCCUCCCCCUCCUCUCUCUCCUCCUCUGCCUACUCCGAGUGGGACUCAGAUGGGGAGAGCUGCUACUCGGACACCCUAGAUUCAACCCCCAGCAACCCCAGCUCCCCAGCAACAUCCUUUAACACCACCUCCAUCCUGAAGAAGGCCAAGCGCACACGGCGAGGCAACGUGCAGUUUGACCAGGUUACGGUUUUCUUCUUCCCUCGCUGCCAGGGCUUCACCAGCGUGCCCAGUCGGGGAGGUUGCACCCUGGGCAUGGUGCAGAGGCACAGUGCCAAGCGCUGCUACACUUUGGCUGAGUUUGCUGUAGAACAGCGCCACCUACGGACAGAGAAACUUAAGAACAGAAUGAGGGAAGAGAAACUGGAAGCUCUCAAGCUGAAGCUUACCAAAAAUGGUACCCAAGUGUCUGAAGAGGCUGACAGAUUGACAAUCGAUGACAUCCCUGAGGACGAAAUCAACAUUAGUGGUGUAAACUUGGAUAAUGGUUCCUUUCUGCAUCCCCAUCCUUCUAAAAAAAGGCACACCAUCCUCAAAGCAGCUGGCGUGAAGAAGAUCGAUAAAGAGGAGAAGCGGCAACUGCAUGAACUGCGUUUGUCAAGGGAGGACUGCGGAUGUGACUGCCAGGGCUUCUGCGAGCCAGAAAGUUGCAGCUGCAGUUUGGCUGGGAUCAAGUGUCAGAUGGACCACUCAUCCUUCCCAUGUGGCUGCACUAAAGACAGUUGUGGGAACACGGAGGGCCGUAUCGAGUUCAACUCUAGCCGAGUUCAGACGCACUACAUCCACACCAUCAUGAAGCUAGAGCUAGAGAAACGUCUGGGGGAGCACACGACAGAAAAUGAGACAGCUUCCGAAAAACAGCCAGAUUGCACAGUCCAUCCAGCAGAGGGCAGCACAGUGCCAGAAAGUCCUGCCUUUCACUUUAACUCGGAGCUAGUUGCUGCAGGAGAGAACAGCUGUAGCAGUGACAUGACGGAUUCAUCCAGUUCUUCAGGCCAGAGCGAGGACUCUGAAGUCGUCGAAAGCUCUCAGUGCGAGCAAUCGUCGCUAGAUGUUGACGAAAACGGACUCACAAGAAUUUUAAGCUUUAGCGACACAGACAAUGAGGACUGUUCUGUUAAGAGCAGAGGCAAUGAUGGUUGCAAUGAUAACUGCAACCAUCAGCAAAAAAAGAGUGAGUUGUCAUCUAUGGGGUACGGAAUCUUUAGCACAGCAGAUGUUUCUCCCAGCGACAGUAAGCUUGGCACAUCGCAAACAGACUCUUACACGGACAUAAGUAGCACAGCCAUGUCUGAGCUAUUAGACGAGAACGCUAAUCAAGGAAACGCUCUAUUCCACAGUGGAUCUGUACCCCACACUCCCUCGCCCUCCAUCGAUCACUCAGCUAGUUAUAUGGACCUGAGUCUCUCCUCAGAAUCGGACCUUGAGUUCUUUGAUGGCUUCCCUUGUCUGGGACCAAGCUCGCUCUACAACUCCCUCAAGGAGUAUGAGCAUGUGGACAACUUUUUUCAGUUCCAGUUGCCUAGUUACCCCAGCCUUCCUCAAGUUGCCGACCCAGGCACCUGUCUCCUGGAGUCUCUGAUUGGCUUGUCAGAUUCUGUCCCAGAACCCCCGGCUACUUUCACGGACAAUCAGAUGCUUGAGGAUGCAAUGAAGCUCUCAGUGAUGGAGUCUGUAAAGGUCUAAUGUUGUAUGAUCACUAUAUAGAACAAUUUGGUGAUUUUUAAAUGAAUGCCAUUUUUCUUUACUUUAUGAAUGGAGACAAAAACGGCCCUCCAUCCAAGGCUAUCAAUAUUUGCAUUAUCUGCCUUAAAGAUGCUAGCAAAGCAUUAAGUUAUAACAGUCUUUAUUAACAUUAUUAUUCAUGCCAUCCCAGUGGCAGCUAACAUUUCAGUUCAAAAAAGGUCUGGCAGACUGAUUUUGGAAUAUUUGUACAUAUGGCCAGGAAGGUGAAGAAUUUCUCACCUACAUUGGUGGUAUUAUCAUCAUUUCCCAUUAUUAUUAUUGUUAAGGUUAUUUAAAUGAAUUCAAAAGGGGCACAGAUAGGAGUCUUGAAAUAAUACUGAUUAUGUAUCUCAGGGACUUUUUCUAGCUUUUGAAACUAAUGCAUUUUGACCAUCGCUGUUAUAGAUCUUAUUGGGCUUUUUUCUGAGAAUUUUCACGAAAAACACAAACAGCAUUUUAAAUGACCCCAUUUUUGAGGGGGCUACUGUCUCUGUCGAUUUUGGACUUAAGAUGAAGGGUGGUCUGUACUUUUAUUGCAAAGCUAGAGGAAGACUCCUGUUCCACAAAACGGCUCCUUGGGAUUUUUAAUGGUACACAAAUCCCCCAGAGGCUCCUCAGUUAGCACUUUAUCAGUAAUAAAAAAAUUAACAAAUCAUAGAACAGAUGGGUCAGCUUUGCGUUCACCCUAUUGUCUCUGAGUUAAAGAUUGUUUUUAAGCCAUUUUUGGUGGAAGGUGAAAGCAUUUUUCUUUAAUUUAUUAUACACCACAUAUAUCUCAGUUGUAAAUCAUAUUCAUUAUGUAAAAGCAUAAUAUAACUGUGAUACUUAUUGACCAUUAUUUCUAAUUGCUUUUUAUUUAUUCUUACGGAGUUAUUUAUUUUUUGUUCAUCUCCGAAUGCCAGCUGAAUAUAUCUGAGCCACACUGUGCUCUGGAGAAGUGGAAAUAAUGCAGCUUAUUUCAGCAUUUUUGGGAUCUCUGUUCAUAUUUCCCACCUUAAAUACAUUAUUAACCUGUUUGAAGCACAUAUAUUUGUCCUUUAAUAAUGUUUCAUUUGAAGCUGUGGAGGAAGGGGCACCCACAGCAAAGUAUUUAAUAAUCUAUUCUAUUGCUAUGAAGUAACACUUUGGUUAAAUUAUUUCACAGUUAGCAUUUAAGUGAGAAUUAAUGUUUUCAUUGCUGGGCAAUAAAAAGAAUGGUGUAUUUAAAGGAAAAAAGAAAGAAGAAAAGUUUACUUUGUGCCUGUUAACACGAGGAGCCAUGGUUUCCAGUCUAAUGAAUAAGAUUUUUUUUUAUAGCUGAUGCUGUAUAAUCUACCUAUUGGUUAAAUCAGAAUUAUGGGUCUGUUACGUGACCGACUGAGAUGUUGCCUACGAUAAUAAUUAACAUUUUGUAACUAUGUAGAUUUGAGAAAUUCUAAUCUGUAUCACUGACAAAUUAUUUUAUUAAAAAAUGAAAUCCACAAUGUUCUUCAAAUAUAUAAAAAAAAAACUUUGUAAUAUAUUAAUAUACCGUAGCCAAAUCUAUUCUUGAAAUGGUCAUUCUGGCCAGGUAUGUGCAUAGUAAAAAUGCAGACACAGAAAUAUCCUAUUUUGGAUGCCUGUAAUAUAACUACCUAAACGAAUAUACCAAGUUAAAUUUGAUUGUACUCAAAAUGGUUGGGCAGACACAACUGUCAACAUAAAUGGUGGGUAUAAAUUAGUAGUUUCAGAAAUGUUCUGUGGAUAAAUCCUGCAUAUAUUAUGCAACGUAUCACAUUAUGCAAAGAAAAUUCGUUUUGCCCAAUGUCCACUUCAAAAUGAAGACAGUUAAGGGUUGUAUGUUUCUGUAUGAGCUUAGAGGAACUGAGUCGGAGACAAUGUACAUAUCUGACCAUCCACGCAUCAGCUGUUGGCGCAGCCUUGUUUUACCUGUAAGGAGUAUUUGCAUGACCAGUUAAUACAUUUGUCUCAGUACUACAUGCGUUUAGAAAGAAGAAAUGUAUUUGCUUUUUUUUUUUUUUUUUGCCUUCAUGUGAUGUUCUUAACUGGUUAGGAUUCAUUUCCAUGGCAAAGUGGGCACGGCUUCAUUCAUUCAAGUCCAUCUUAUUCCAUUGUGAAGAUAUGUCACCUCAUCACAAUGAAAUGGAAAUUAUUGGUAUUUAUUAGUCAUGAUUGAUGUAUGUUUUGAUCUACAAUGCUUUUCAAAGUAUUUCUUACUUCUGACUUUUUGUUGUAUAUAUUUUCUGCUUAAACUAAAGACAAAUCCAAGCAGUUAUUAUAUUAUAUAUUUUCACGCUAAACCAUUUCAAGCUGUUCAUUUCAUUCAAGUCAUUUGACAAUAGUUUGUCCCUUCAAAAUAAAAGUCCAGCUCUUUCUUAAA